AGUAGUGUCCGAGAUAUCGUGGCGUGAAGUCUCCAGCAUUGAUCCGCGCUAGUGUGAAUUUUAGUCAAUAAAUGCUUUGAAAUACUUCGCCGUUACGUGUGUGUUGGUGUGUUUGUGUGCUAGUGUGUGCUGAUCGCUGAAUUCCCAGAUGAUUUCCAGUGUACAGUAUCACGUACUGGGUUCUCCUUUCGGAAACUCGAAAUUUUCUCGAAUUUCCCGCAGAGUCUUCGACGAUUUUCUUUUCGAACAACAAUCUGUGUUCAACGAUGUCGUCUGAUGUCUCAAGACACUGACGUGCUUGGAAUUCAAGAAUAUGAAGAAAGGAAUUAUUUGUUCAAAUAUUGAUUAAUGAAUGUGAUAAUCACAUUCCAACGUGGUUUGUUUUGAAGGAUGGAGAAAUAUUCACAAGCGUGAAUGGUUGAGUAAUGAAAUUGGAACCAAGUCCUCGAAACAGAACGAUAUCUAUCAAUCUCGAAAGCUGUCAUCCCACCAGUAGUCAUUACAUCUUCAAAAAUAAAUCAAGUUCAAAGCGUAUUAAGAACAAUUUUCGCAUAGGAACUUUUCUUGAGAAUAAUUUCGAUGAUCAGACAUGUCUAGUACCUGAAUCGUGCCUACUUAUACUGGAAUACUUUGAGAACUAUAGUAGUGAAAUUUAUUGGUUGAAGAACACUAUUCAGUCCGUGAGGUUGCAAUCGAAGGAACAAAAAGUGACACAAAUUUCGGAGACACCAGUAGUGCAAUAUAUGAUUGAAUUUGUAGUACAGCUAAAUGUGCAACAUUUCAGGCAACCACAUUUGCAAGUUCUGGGUCUGGGAGAGGUGCAACGUGUGAGGGAACUGAAUGUGCAGCUUGUAAAAUUUUUAAGGGAUUUAAGGGUGCAACCUAUCAGGAAACUAGAGUUACAACAGGCCAAACAGUCAAAUGUGGAACUUGCAGGGGAAAAUUUGCAGGAGUAUUCAGAGAAACAGACUGUUGAACUCCUGAGGCAAUCUUUGGAGAAUAUUUCAAGGGAUGUAGGAGUAGAGCUUGUUGAACAGCUGAUUUAUCAUUUAUUGCAACAAGAGCAAGGACAAAACGUGCAAGUUUCAAGUCAACCUGGAGUGCAUCUUUUGAAUCAAUCAAAUAAACAGUGUGUUGGUCUACAAGAGGUGCAACUUGUCAAUCAGCCACAGUUAAAACUUUCAAGGCAGUUGAAGGUACUAUUCCACAAUGAACUACCAGCAGAAUCAGUGAAUCAAUCGGAAGUACAACUCGUCAAUCAACCACAGGUGCAACCUCUAAACCAAUUGGAUGUGAAUUUCCUGAAAAAACUACAGGUACAAUUUGUGAAGCAACUAGGAGUGCAACGUCUUUAUCAAUCACAGUUGGGAAUCCUGGAAAACUUUCAAGUGAUACAUUUGUUGCUACUAAAGGAAACAUCCCUUAAGCAGCUAGUAGAUCAAAUUUUGAAGCAGCUUCUGGUGCAUCACUUGCAACUGGUAGACCACAUUUUGAAACAACUUCUGGUUCAUCAUUGGCAACUUGUGAAACAAAUUUUGAAACAGCUUUUGGCUCAUCAUUUUCAACUUGUGGAACAGGUUUUGAAGCGACAGUUGCAAUUAGUGGUGCAACAAGUGCUGGAAGUGUUGUUGCAACUGCAUUCUCUUCGAUCAGAACCAGUUAAAGUUUCCGAUGGUGUCUGCAGUUGUUCUGAUGUCAUGGGUUUCUGGUCCUGACCAGCGGUUGAUUGUCAACUCUGUCAACUGCCGUCAACUGCCAUCAACUGCAAUCAACUGCCGUCAGCUGUCCACUAGGAAGAGACACUCGUUUGUGAUUGGCGCAUCUGUGAUCAG